AUGUCAAUCAAUGAUAUUAGGCAACUGGUCUGGCAAGGUGCGCUGAACGUGCAAAUAACGGUGAAGCCCACCCUCCUGGCAGUCGACGAAAGUCCCAAAGAUUGUGCAGUAAACCUUAGGAUACCGAGAGACAUCUACUUGACGUGCUACUUACCUGCAAUUAUAAACAGAGUACGAGAUUCUCUGAGGGUGGAUCUAGAUGAUGAGGAACAGCAUAUUUGGCUCGAAUUCGAGAAUGUGCCCUUGUACUGGAACUAUCCAGCAGGAGUGCUUUACGAUUCUAUGAUAGGGUUGAAUCCAUCUGAGAGAGAGGACAAAGAUGCUGAAAAUUCAUUGGAGGUAUGGCGGCUGGAGCUGGCUCAAGGACCAAAAUUACCGCCCGGAGUAAUACCCUUAACGGGGGGACUGCAGCAGAUUCGAAGUUAUUUGAUGCAUCAAUGGAAACAGGCAUGCUUUAUACUCAAUGGGUCCUCAAAGCAGGUAAUGUCUUUGUCAAUGCAAGAAUCCAGCCGGUUUUGGGAAAGUGUUGUUACUAGAGAUCAAGAAAAUUUCAUUUACGUUGCCAACAAAGUUAUUCCAUUCAAGCCUCGUUUUAUUCCAGUAAUAAUCCAUCAAACUCUCCCAGAAGUAAAACUGUUCCAGCCUGUGACGGUUCAUUCAAAGGAUGAUGGCACACGAACAAAACUUAUAGAUUUAAUCCAAGCUCAGUUCCCUAAUUUAUUUCAGAAGGACCAUGUGACUUUAUCAAAAGUAGUGUCGAAUGGUAUUGAGUUACCAUUGACUGAAGAUCUUUACGAUUUGUACAAUCGUUUGUUCAGUCUUGAUGGGUUUUUGCAUUUGUCCAUAUGCCUGAUAACAGACAGCGAGUAUGCAGAAGAAGCCUCGAAGUAA